AUGGCGAGCGUCGACCCCAUCACUGCGGACAACAUCGGUCUCGGUCCGGACGGGGAGAAGAUUGUCGAUCCGAGCUACUACCUCAUCCUCGGCGUCAAGGGCGACGUCGAUCAAGAGACCCUCAGGAAGCAGUACAGGAAGUUGGCCCUCAAGUGAGUAUAGAACGCAUGUGCAGGGCAGGUCUUGCUUCGCUUCUGACCUCUCGUUCCUCACGUGGAACCACGCCAAAGGAACCACCCCGAUCGGAAUAUUGGAGACGAGUCCGCCGCUGCGAGGUUCCAAGAGAUCGGCGAAGCUUAUGGUCCGUGACUCAUCGUACCAUAGUCACGCGGAGGAUAUUCCACACUCAUAUCCAUCUACUUUCUAUAUCGUACCAGCCAUCUUGUCCGACUCAAACGCACGAGCGGUGUACAACAAGCAGGUACGUCUUGCAUCUCAUCACUGAACCCGUGCCGUCGGUCACGCAUACAUCACUCGGAUUCGCUGACGAUGCCCCCACACCUCAUUCGAUACCAUUCAACAGGGCAAAAAGUCAGCCGUUAAUGAAGCCGGUGGCGAAGCGGCGAUGCCCGACCCGGGAGAGAUGUUUGGUCAGAUCUUUGGCGGCAAGGCCUUCGAGGAUUGGAUCGGCGAGAUCUCGCUCGGAAAAGAUGUGUCCAAGGCAUUCGUAAGUCAAGCACGAAGUUGAAGCCACUGUCGUUCAAAUGGAAUGACUGAUGCUUAAUUGGUGGUCGGCAGGAAAUGAGCACGACAGAAGAGGAGCGUGAACAGCUCAAGGCCGAGAUGAUGGGUACAGAUCCUUCCAAAAAGGCCGCCGACCCAACCGCGACCCUCGGCGCCACAUCUACUGCAGCAGAUACAACAAGUACGAUGGGAAUCGAAAACAACACGACCGUGCCGCCUCCCCAAAGUUACAUCAGUCACUCGACCGCCGAUGAUAUUCCUGCGGGUCCGGGCGUAACGACGACUGGACCGGCUUCGACGGAAGGCAAGUCCGCGCCGACGACAUCGACUUCUUUAGGUACCGCCACAGCUACUUCGCCCAUCCCAGGUGCCUCGACCGCUGCUGCGGGUGCUCACGCCUCGUUGUCAGCUGCCGACGCGGCCGAAGAGAAGGAGAAGAAGCGCAAGCUCGAAGCCGAGAAGCGUGAAAAGAUGGAGCAGUUCGAGCGGGAAAGGACCGAGGAGAAGAAGCAACGCAUCAAGGUGCUCUCAUCCAAACUCAAGGAUCGUAUCCGUCCUUUUGUUGAAGCCAAGAACCCCGGGGCGAACGACGAUCCGGAAACGCAGCGCUACCUCGCGAGGAUCAAAGAGGAGACAAUGGACUUGGCCUUGGAGAGCUUUGGUGUCGAGUUGUGCCACUUGAUUGGCCAGAUCUAUAUGCAAAAGGCAUCAUCGUACCUCAAACUGCACAAAAAGUCAUUCUUCUCCAACGCGCUCGGUGUGCCGGGGUGGUGGUCCAGGGUCAAGGAGAAGGGGCAGAUGGUCAAAGAGGGGUGGUCGUUCCUUAGCGUCGGGAUGGAGGUGCAACGCUCGAUGGCCGAGAUGGAGAAACGACAAGAGAAGGGCGAAUUGGAUGAAGCUGAGGCUAAGAAGAUUGAGGCCGACAUGAGUGGGAAGCUGUUGCUCGUCGCUUGGAAGGGGUCCAAGUUCGAGUUGUCGACCGUGUUGCGACAGGUCGUUGAUGCUGGUGAGUACACUCCUUUUUAUUAUCGAAGAUUGUUGGGACGUACUCUGAUUGAUCCACUUCCCACCCUGUAGUGCUCGUCAAGGAUUCACCCGAGGUGACGGACGCGAUCUUGACCCGCCGGGCUCAGGCCAUCAUGUUCACGGGAGCGAUCCUCAAGACGGUCAAACCCGAGGAAGGCGACGAUGAGAGGAGAGAACUGGAGAAGCUCGUGGCUGAGGCAUCUAGGAAGCGAAAAGAGAAAAAGUCGGGUCCCAAGCCGGUCAAGGAGUGA